UUGUCCUCUUUGGUCACGAUCAUCCCUUUGGAUCCAGCCAAAGAGCGGGCCGCGUUCCUAUGGCAACCGCGCCAGGUCCACGCGCAGACGGCGGGUAGCAAGGGUCAAAACAGAUUCGCAAAGUAGGCGCCCUCGACCAGUUCAGUCCGUGACUUCCGCGCGCCGAGCCUUUAAGUGUCACGUGACCCCCUCCACUUGUCCCCGCCCCUCUCCCCUCCCCAGGUCCGGGCGAGCGCUGGUGCGGACGGGAGGCUCCUGGCCCGGCGGACUGACUGGAGCACGGACGCUGCAGCCGGUUGGGCCGGUGCCCUUUCCCGCUCUGGAAAGGAAGAGAAAUGGAAGUGAAAAAAUUGAGCAUUUCCUGGCAGUUCUUGAUAGUUCUGGUUCUGGUCCUGCAAAUUCUGUCUGCGUUGGAUUUUGACCCAUACAGAGUCCUAGGGGUCAGCCGAACAGCCAGUCAGGCUGAUAUUAAAAAGGCUUAUAAGAAGCUCGCCCGGGAAUGGCAUCCUGACAAAAACAAAGAUCCUGGAGCAGAAGACAAGUUCAUCCAAAUUAGCAAGGCUUAUGAGAUCCUUUCCAACGAAGAAAAGAGAUCGAAUUACGAUCACUACGGAGAUGCCGGAGAGAACCAGGGCUACCAGAAGCAGCAGCAACGAGAGUAUCGCUUCCGCCAUUUCCAUGAGAAUUUUUACUUUGAUGAGUCUUUUUUUCACUUCCCUUUCAAUUCGGAGCGGCGGGACUCCAUUGAUGAAAAGUAUUUAUUGCACUUUUCACAUUAUGUGAACGAAGUGGUUCCAGAUAGCUUCAAGAAACCCUACCUCAUUAAGAUCACCUCAGAUUGGUGCUUCAGCUGCAUCCACAUCGAGCCCGUUUGGAAAGAAGUGGUUCAAGAACUGGAAGGACUGGGUGUAGGAAUCGGCGUGGUCCAUGCUGGGUACGAGAGACGCCUGGCCCAUCACCUGGGAGCACACAGCACACCCUCCAUCCUGGGAAUCAUAAAUGGGAAGAUCUCCUUCUUCCAUAAUGCAGUCGUCCGUGAGAACCUACGACAGUUUGUAGAAAGUCUUCUUCCAGGGAACUUGGUGGAGAAAGUUACAAAUAAAAAUUAUGUCCGAUUCCUCUCUGGCUGGCAGCAAGACAAUAAACCUCACGUCCUUCUGUUUGACCAAAUGCCCGUCGUACCACUGCUGUACAAGUUGACCGCUUUUGCAUACAAGGAUUACUUGUCAUUUGGAUACGUACACGUCGGCUUGAGAGGGGCAGAAGAGAUAACAAGGCAAUACAACGUCAAUGUCUAUACCCCCACCAUCUUGGUCUUUAAAGAACACAUCAACAAGCCUGCAGAUGUUAUCCAGGCCCGAGGUAUGAAGAAGCAGGUCAUUGACGACUUCAUCACCCAAAACAAGUAUCUACUGGCAGCCAGGCUCACCAGCCAGAAGUUGUUCCAUGAGCUGUGCCCCGUGAAACGGUCUCACCGACAGAGGAAGUACUGUGUGGUGUUACUGACUCCCGAGGCUACCAAGCUGGGGAAACCCUUUGAGGCUUUCCUGUCCUUUGCCCUGGCAAACACACAGGACACAGUGAGAUUCGUGCACAUCUACAGUAACCGGCAGCAGGAGUUUGCCACCACCUUAUUACCAGACAGUGAUACGUUUCCGGGAAGAUCCGCGGUGUCUAUCUUGGAAAGGCGCACCACGGGAGGAAGGGUAGUGUAUAAAACCCUCGAAGCUCCCUGGACAGGGAGUGAGAGCGAUAAAUUCACCCUCCUGGGCUAUCUCGACCAGCUGCGCAGAGACCCCGCUCUCCUGUCCUCGGAGGCAGUGCUCCCCGACCUGACCGAUGAACUUGCCCCCAUCUUCCUCCUCCGGUGGCUCUACUCCGCUUCCGACUACGUCUCGGACUGCUGGGACAGCAUAUUUCACAACAACUGGCGGGAAAUGAUGCCCCUUCUGUCCCUGGUCUUCUCUGCCCUCUUCAUCCUCUUUGGCACAGUCAUCGUUCAGGCUUUCAGUGACUCAAACGAUGAGCGAGAGUCAAACCCUCCAGAUAAAGAGGAAGUCCACGAGAAGGCCGGGAAGACUGAGCCAAGCUUCACCAAAGAAAACAGCAGCAAGAUCCCUAAAAAGGGCUUCGUGGAGGUAACGGAACUCACAGACGUGACAUACACCAGUAACCUGGUCCGCCUGAGGCCGGGCCACAUGAACGUGGUCCUCAUCCUGUCAGACCCCACCAAGACCAGCCUACUGCAGAAGUUCGCGCUGGAGGUCUACACAUUCACUGGGAGCAGCUGCCUGCACUUCUCCUUCCUGAGUCUGGACAAACACAGAGAAUGGCUGGAGUACUUGCUGGAGUUUGCUCAAGAUGCCGCCCCGAUCCCAAACCAGUAUGACAAGCAUUUCAUGGAACGGGACUACACGGGUUACGUGCUGGCCCUGAACGGCCACAAGAAAUACUUCUGCCUCUUCAAGCCCCAGAAAGCAGUGGAAGAGGAGGAAGCCAUGGGGUCUUGCGGUGCCCUUGACUCUUCCCUCCAUCUGGGCGAAUCGCGGGGGAAACCUUCCUGUGGCCUUGGACCCAGGCCCGUCAAAGGAAAAUUGAGCAAGUUGUCCUUAUGGAUGGAGCGGCUGCUGGAAGGCUCCUUACAGAGGUUUUAUAUCCCGUCGUGGCCCGAACUAGACUGAGAGGGGCUCAAGAGAGACUUAAACUCUUCAGGCUUUUUAAUAGGCCCCUGCGAACAGGCCUUUUCAGGACUCAACCUAUCACUGAGGACAGAGAAUAGAUUCUAGAUUAUUCUUCUGGAACAGUGGCUAGAAGAAUCUUUCCUUUGUCCUGUUCUAACCUAGGAGUGAAAAACACCUCAAGCUGAAUCCCCCAGAUCAAAAGAUUUUCCUGUGGGUUUCUUUGCCCUCGUUGGAAUGCCACACCAUUUAAAGCAGA